GAAACGAUCAGCAAAAAACUAUUCCAAGACUGGAACUUAAGUUUACCACUGAUGAUUCUGAUGAGAUUGAGCUUACUAAAAAUCAGAAUAUAGAACUUGAUCUAAUAUGUGAUUUACAGAAUUGUAGUAUCAUUGCUCUACCUAAUGAACAGCAUUUGACUAUAAAAUCUUCUGAA